UAAAUCAAACGUGAUGGAAACAUAAUGAAUUAUUAUUUGAGAUACCUUUUAUAAUCUAUUGUUUUUUAUUUUCCCUUAUUUGACUCCAUUUUUUAUACGCAGUUUACAUACGAGAUACGGUCCUUUCCGAGUUUUUCUCGAAUUCAGUCACUCGGUUUAACUUCUUCAUUGAUUUCUCUACAAAAAUGAGCGCCGUAAGCUCUCUAUGUAGUAAAAUUUUAGUUGUAAAUAUCAUUCUGGUGACAUUUUUUGCGAUAAGUGAUAUUCAAGCAGCAUUUAAGCAUGAUGUUACUCCAUCGUGCCCUGCAUCGGAGGAUGUGUGUAAUAUAGAGCUUCGUGUUAAUUACAUCAUGAGUAUGAUGUCAUACAACUGGUCAGCUUUCCAAGGAUUUCCCGUUGACUACAAUAACGGGACGUUUUAUAAGAAGAUCUCGAAAUCGGUGGGAUCCACGACCCAUGUUUGCGAUCAGAUACCUUUGACGGAAGACGAAUUGGAGGAAGUACUGACGGUAGAUGGUAAUUACAAAUUCAUGUUCGCCAUCAACAAUCAGUUUCCGGCACCAACAUUGGUCUUCCAUGAUCAACAAGUGGUUAGCAUACGUGUGUACAAUGACAUGAGCAAUGAGGCAGUCUCCUUCCACUGGCACGGAAUGUUCCAGACCGGAAGUCCAUGGAUGGACGGUGUUUCCAUGGUAUCACAAUGUCCGAUUCAACCAGGAGAAUUCUUCACCUAUCAAUUCGUGGCCAGUCCCCCUGGCACGCAUUGGUAUCAUUCCCACCAUGGAGCCAUGCGGAGAUCAGGCCUAGCGGGUGCCUUCAUUGUGCUACCAAAAGAAGGGAAUGAAAGAGAUGAUAUUCCACCAGUAGAUAAGGAUGCGGUGUUUUUGGCCCAGGACUGGCAGGCUGCCGCGAGUGACAUAGAAGUCGUGAAGGAAAUGGAGUGGCUCAUGUACUCUUUUUCAAAAAGUAGCGGGAAAUUGGGAACACAAAUGAGAACGUAUGAUGGCUCCGUGUCAAGCCUAACUCAUCCAAUCAGCAGGGCCCUUGUAAACGGCAAAACCAAAUCAUUUUCUGAAAGCGACACUGAGAACGAGAAAGCAGUUCCAAUGGAAAUUUUCAAUGUGACCCAAAAUGGCUCUUUACUUCUUCGGAUAAUACAAACAGGGAUGACAGGGGAAUACAAAAUCUCCAUCGACCAGCACAGACUUCUUCUAGUGGGUUCUGAUGGCGGUGAUUUAAUUCCAACAUGGAUUGAUUACCUCAUCAUUAACCCUGGGGAAACCUAUGACGUCAUGGUAUUUGGGAACAACACCCCGGGAAACUAUUGGAUUCGCCUCGAGACAACAGAAGUUCUCGAUUUCUUUUAUAAUCCAGUUCAACCAAACGUGAGUUUUGCGCAGCUUCACUAUCAGGAAGCGGUAGAAGCUCUUCCGGACUCGGAGAAAAGGGAGUGCACUGUGUCGGAACCGUGUGUGAUGGCUAACUGUCACUGGAGUCCCGAUGCUUUAAAACGCUGGGAGCCAAAUACAAAAUGUGUGCCAAUCAACGAAGUGAAAUCAACUCCGAAGAGCGUUGCCCAAGUACCCGUUCCGAUACCAACCUCUGAGAACGACUUCCAGGAAGUCUUUUUAAACUUUCAUUUUUCCGGAAGUGACCUAAUUAGCCCUCGACCGGCCGUAAACACCAUCCAUUACAAGGGUCCUCCUGUUCCUCUUCAGUUAUAUCCGAAUAUCGUAAAUGAUCAAACUGUGGUGUGCAAUAACCAGGACACGGCUACCUGUGGGGACUACUGUCAGUGUACGCACGUCGUCAAACUGUCCACCACCAAAGUCACACAGAUUGUGCUCAUGGCCGAAGACGGUCUAUCGACGGGAACUGCACAUCCGGUUCAUCUCCAUGGCAACCGUUAUUACGUUGUUAAAUAUGGAGUAGGUGUCAUCAACGAGACCAGUGGAUUACUGCAAGGCCCGAACCAGGACAUCGAAUACUCUCCAGAUUACAGAUCUGCAAAAUGGCGCAACUCUAGUUGGAACAAUGGAAAUAUUCCUGACAUGAACGUAAACGAUCCGCCCCUGAAGGACACGGUUGUGAUUCCAUAUAAAGGAUAUGUUGUUCUCCGGCUUAAAACGGAAAAUCCAGGUUUCUGGCUAAUGCAUUGUCAUUUGGAAACCCAUAUGAGUGUUGGUAUGGCUGUUGUUAUUCAAGUUGGAGAUCCUAUGGAAAUGCCCAAGCUUCCGGACAACUUUCCAAUGUGUUCCAGUUAUCCUGCUUAUAACGAGCCCGAUUCCAAAUCAAAGUCGGGCUCGGGUGAAAAGUCAGGAUCCAGCCAUAUGGAGGAUGAUGCUUUGUUACAGCUUCCAAGUACAGAUGGAGGUAGCACCAAAUCACAAAGUGUUGGGAACAGUUACCAUAGAGACGACUACAGCAUGAUGAACAUCAGCGUGGGUUGGUUUGUGUUGAUGAUGAUUUUAAUGGUCUUAUUUGUGUUUGGGUUUUGCGCUCUUUCCGUGGUGUUGAUAAGCAGACAUUGCACCUGGACUUUCCCGGCUCGUAGUCGGCGUGGAUACCAUGACAUUGAUACGGAAGAACGGGUCGUAUUUUCAAAAUGAUCAUUUUUUUCUAGUAUAUCGGAAUUAUUGUGAAUGGAUUUUCUCUCCAAUGAUUACAUUAACAUUUCUGGUUUUCCACGCUAUAAAAAGUGUCAUUUACGCAAAUAAAAUAUCGCUUAGAUUUUAGUUUCUCCAACAAAAUUACAAGCUUAAGGCACAUGCGCUGAUCUAGAAAAUCUAUAAAUUGACACAUUGAGUUUCUCAAAUGGCAAAUAAAUUUAAUUAGCCAAUUACUGCCGCAGUAAAUGACAAUGCAGAUGUGCAUGCUACAUUGUUAUUUCAUCUUUUUUUUUUACCUUUUAAACUUCAUCAUGAUUUUCUUGUAAAUUAAUUAAAAAACCCAUCUUAUCUUUUUUAAUUGACAAAGAUGCUUGUUGUAUCUUAGAUCACGUUUUUUUAUUUACUUUUUUCAUACAGUGUACUCGUUAUAUUAUAAUGUGCUUGUGUUAUAAUUAAACAAAUAUAUAAUCAUAAUGUAGUUUACUAUAUUUAAGAUUCGGCUGAUAUUGUAUUAUUAUAUUGUAUUAUUUUUUGCUUAUGACUUUGCACAUCAUUAACACAGUAUAUUGUCUAUUAAAAAGCAUUCUUACAAUGCAUUUAAUAUUCAAACGAUGGGAUAUUGGGCAUUGACAUUACUAAAGUCAUGCAAUUAAAAUCACGGAGAACAACACAGUUGUUAUUUGUGUGUAUAUGUAUGUGAAAUUGCUUAAGCAAAUUAAAAUAAUUAUCAUGAAUGGUAAA